UGCUGCCACUUCCGCCUGACGUGUAGUCGUGUGAUUGUACAUGCAUCAUGCUGUUAUUCCGCCGUAUGGACAGUUGAUAGGCACAUUUAUAUACUUUGUGACCGUGUGUUAAGUGUACAAAAUGGAGAAAUCUACGAUUUUGAUUAUCAGUGUUCUUAUAAUCCUGCUUGAAGUGUCUUGUGCAUCUUUGUCCGGAGAGACGAAUGUGAACAGCGUCAGAAAAUCCGUUCCAGAGGCAAAGAAAAGUGUAGCUGUGCACGAAACCACCACUCUGAAGGUAGCAGAUGCCAAAACAACAACUAAACCAACGACGAGUGCAAAUGAAACAUGUCUGAAUUCAACAGACUGCACGAAAGGCACCGGGAACGGUUAUUUCACCAAAGUCAUGGAACAAAUUACAAAAAACAAAGACAUGCUUCUCAGAACUAUGUAUGUUUUAAUAGGAGUGACAGGCAUUGUCAUCAUAUAUUUCGUGGUACGAGCAUGGAGACUGCGCAGUAGAAGAAGAAAGGCCAGAAAGUAUGGAAUCAUCACAACACCAGCAUCUGACCUAGAGAUGGCGCCACUUGGACAGGGGGAUGAUGACGAUGAUGACGAAGAUAUGACAGUGUUUGAAAUGAAUGGGAAGAGACUGAGAUAGAUUUGGCUGCAUCUGUG